CUCUCCCUGCAGCUCCGUCUGUCUCGCUCUCCACCACCAAGCGAAGCGCCUCCGACCUUUUGCAGCAGUAAGUUCGAAAAACAUUAAUCUGCCAUGGUUGCCAUGAUGACAAUCAAGGGUUUUCCAUCCUCCCUGCCUGAGGCGGAGAUCAAAGGGCUGCUCGAGACCAUCGGCCAGGUGGACAUGUUUCGGUGCAGCGUGGACGGCGAUAGCCUGACGUGCACGUGUCGGUACUCUACGGACGACGACACGGCCAAGGCCAAGAAGGGCUUCCACGACCUUGAGAUGGGCGAGAUGACGCUCAAGGUUGAUGUCGAAGAAGCUGCUCCGGGCACAACCGACACCUCCAGCGCUGGGAACGCCGGUGGCGACGGGUCCGGCGACAAGGCCCCUGCUGAGGGGUCCAGCGUCGAGGAGAAGAAGCCCGCGGCAUCGGAAGAACCCCCGCGGCGAAAGAAGUCACGCUUCGCGCCCCCUCCCACUGGCGCCGUCGAUCUCCAAGCCGGUCUCGGGGCCACCCCUGGCGCCGCCGGCGCGGGCCUCCUGGGCAUCCCGGGCCUGGGCGGGGGUGGGUUGGGGUUGGGAGGUCUUCCUCCGGCAAGCGUGCACGCAGCUGGUGCUGGUGGCUUGGGUGGGCUGGGCCUUCCAGGCAACUGGUGUGCCAUGGGCGGUUUAGGCGGAAUGCCGGCUGCCAUGACCCCCCAGAUGAAGAGCCAGAUCGAAAUCUUCGUGGGAAACAUCCCCGUAGGGACGACACAGCAGGGGCUGGUGGAUUUCCUCAACGCGGCCAUGCUCAAGGUGGGGCUCAACCUUCAGCCAGGGAAUCCGGUGACAUCAUGCCGUCUGAACUCGAAGUUUGCCUUCUGUGUCAUGAGGAACCCCGAGGAGGCCGCCAAGGCUCUUAACCUCAACGGCAUCCCUUACCUCGGGAACGUGCUCAAGAUGCAACGACCGUCGAGCUACACCGGCCCGCCCGACAGGGCGGUCACGUGGCAGGUACUGACAGGGCAGGCUGAAAUGCCCGCAGAAGGCAUGAUGUUGAUGCAGAACUCUGCGACCAAGCUGAGUUGCGAGGUGUUCGUCGGAAACAUCCCUCCGGAGACCCAAGCUCCUACCCUUCAGGAGUACCUGGGCGGUGCGCUGGUCCAGGUGGGUCUCUGCAAGCCGCCGAACCCCAUCCUGUCCAUCCGGAUGAAUGCUCGCUUCGCGUUCUUGGAGAUGAGGACAGCGGAGGAUGCAACGGCGGCUCUUAACCUAGACGGCAUCCCCUUCGGAGGAGCGGCUCUCAGCGUCGGCCGUCCUAAGAAAUACGAGGGGCCGGUCACGCCUCACAAGACUUGGUUCGACGUGCUCGCGGAGUGCAGCUUCGGCCUCGUGGGAGGAGCCGGCCAGGGCGGCGCCACAGAAGCGGAACCGGCCCCCACCUCUACCGUGGUCCGGAUAGGCAAUGUCGUGACUCCGGAAGAGCUCACGGACGAUGAGGCACAAAAAGAGGUAGUGGAGGACAUGACGGAGGAGUGCUCCAAGUAUGGCGCCGUGGCGGGUAUCGAGAUCCCCCAUGUCGGUGGGGCCGGCGCCGGAGUAGGCUUCGUGUUCGUCAAGUUCCACACUCUCGAGGACGCGCAGAAGGCGAAGAAGGGUUUCGGCUCCCGCACGUUCGACGGCAAGUCUGUCGACGCCACCUACUUCCCUGAGGAGCAAUUCGCCGCCAAGUCUUUCGCCUCGUGAUUGCGUAGACUCGACCCCACCCGUGUGGUUGUGUAUAGAGUCCGUGCACGUGUCAUGCUGUAUCAUCAUCUCUGGUGUGGUGGCUUGUACGACAGGGUGGUUUGGUCGGUCUUGUGUUUGUUGUCGAUUGCUAUCAAGUCACAUGUCAUACAAUCUCGGUUACCACUCUCGGUGUUAGAAAUUUCGGUGUCUGUCGCGGUUUUGGGUUGAUGUUGAGAGCGAGAAGAGUGCAAAGGGCCGUGACUGUCACUUCUUGCUGGGAUGAUGGUGGUACCGCAAUAAUCAAGAGAAAGAGCAGGGUUCCUAGAGGACACGCACCACGUCAUAGGCGACGUUGUUGUCAUUCAUGGCAACAAUCUGAUUGGGAGUGCACUAGGAUGGAGAUGGAGUCGGUCGUUUUUGGCACUUUUCUCUUCGUUUCUUGUGUUUUGUUUCUGUUUCUACGUUGUGCCAACGCAGGACCCAGAACCAAUUUGGAGCGCACCGAGCCCAUGGAAGGGCUGACUGGUACUCUCGUACUUGUUCCCUCCUGCGUUUCUUCGCUUUAGCUUUCUUUGCGUUGGGCUCCUUUUUAAACAAACACCAUAUUAGCUGUCGCGAACAUGACGGGUGGAUGUGUAGGGAAGGACCGGGGUUUGUUUGGACUGGCGUUAUGAAGUUCGUUUGUGAUGUGUAUGCACGGACCGUUCGAGGGCCCAACCGGCGCAACAGUAGCUCAACGGGUGGUUGCUCUCUUCAGUACCACAUUAUUGUUAUUGGCGUUAUCAUCUCAGGGGGUGGGAAGCAUGUAGCAGCUCUAGACGUGUCUGUAGUAGGCGAUUGUAGUUUAUUUCAGUCGGUCGCUGUGAUUUCCGCAUGUAUCGACUGCUGUACUGUACUCCGCGUACAUGGGAACGAGAAAGAGUGCGCACUCCGUACAAGUAACAAUCCAUUUUUUUAGUUCUUGUGGCGCUGCGUCUGCUCCAUCUACGUCUGAUUUUUGGGUUCUUGUGGGUGGCUCCCGCGGAGUGAUGGCUUCCCACGGAUAUGGACACGUGACGGCGUGAUAGUUUUCCCCGAGGUUUCUUCUCGUUUGCGAAAGCAGUGGCACCUCCUUUUGGCCUCCCCGGUGAAGCUUGUCCCUUUACGGUUGGUACUUGUACAAUACCCUUCUUCUCCGUUUAAUUUUUUGCAAACACGGAGAGAAUCGAGAGAAUCAACCAGGGACGUAACGCCGACAAGCAUACAACCUACACUAGUCUAGUCAUGCUUUCCUGUCGAGUAUCUGGUUCGCAUGUUGUACUACAGCACGCUUCGAUAAAAACACCGUGUAUCUUGUUCUCUAUCUAAGCCGUGUUCUGUUCCUCUGCGAUUGGGUCAUGAAGGACGUUAUUGUUCGUGUGCGUUGCACUCCUUCCGUGCGGGAUCGGUCUUGAACCAAAUCCCCGCGGGCACGAACCAACUGCUGUCUAUAGCCUACAGAUAGACUGUUACGAGGGACAUGACGUUGUUAUUUUCCGUGCACCGCGUACUUUUACUCUGCUGAUCAGAUACCAGCAACGAUGAGCGCCGACGAGAAGUGCAAGAUUUACGUCCUAACCUACAGGCUGCCCUGUAGAUCCGUCUUGCAAAAUCCUCGGACUUUGGACACGGUCAGGGUCCUCUUGUGCCGCUGUCCUCCACUCGCUCGCGUAGAAUCGCUACAUCUAUGUUUUCUACGUGGGCGUGUUUCGAUCCAGCGGUCCGGGGAUCUCUCCGUGUCACGUGCACUCUCUUAUUAGUGCUGCAACACGGUACGUACCUUUUCGACCAUAACAGUUAGCAGCACUUUGUUGGCUUCAACUCGAUGUGCGGUGCAUGCGGUAUGUAUGUGAGGACAGCUAUUCUUCAGCAGCGGUGAAUACCAGCAGAGUACAGUACUGUAGUACAG